CAGCUUAACCGGUGCGUGAGUGCGCAGGCGUGCUUGCCUUGGCUAUCCAGGCCUGAGGGCUGUCUCCGACGGGUGUUCGCAGGGGUCCAGGAGCCAGGGUCUACUGACCUGGACCCUGCCGGCGUCAUGGGCAGCGGCUGCCGCAUCGAAUGCAUAUUCUUCAGCGAGUUCCACCCCACGCUGGGACCCAAGAUCACCUAUCAGGUCCCUGAAGACUUCAUCUCCCGAGAGCUGUUUGACACAGUCCAGGUGUACAUCAUCACCAAGCCAGAGCUGCAGAACAAGCUUAUCACUGUCACAGCCAUGGAGAAGAAACUGAUCGGCUGCCCCGUGUGCAUUGAACACAAGAAGUACAGCCGCAAUGCCCUGCUUUUCAACCUAGGCUUCGUGUGUGAUGCCCAGGCCAAGACCUGUGCCCUCGAGCCCAUCGUCAAAAAGCUGGCUGGCUACCUGACCACACUGGAGCUAGAGAGCAGCUUCGUGUCAACAGAGGAGAGCAAGCAGAAGUUGGUGCCCAUCAUGACCAUCUUGCUGGAGGAGCUAAAUGCCUCAGGCCGGUGCACUCUGCCCAUCGAUGAGUCCAACACCAUCCACUUGAAAGUGAUUGAGCAGCGGCCUGACCCUCCUGUGGCCCAGGAGUAUGAUGUGCCUGUCUUUACCAAGGACAAGGAGGAUUUCUUCAACUCACAGUGGGACCUUACCACACAACAGAUCCUGCCCUAUAUUGAUGGCUUCCGCCAUGUCCAGAAGAUCUCAGCCGAGGCAGAUGUGGAGCUCAACCUGGUGCGCAUCGCCAUCCAGAACUUGCUGUAUUAUGGCGUCGUGACACUGGUGUCCAUCCUCCAGUAUUCCAAUGUGUACUGCCCGACACCCAAGGUCCAGGACCUCGUAGAUGACAAGUCCCUGCAAGAGGCCUGUUUAUCCUAUGUGACCAAACAAGGGCACAAGAGGGCCAGUCUCCGGGAUGUGUUCCAGCUGUACUGCAGCCUGAGCCCUGGCACAACUGUGAGAGACCUCAUUGGCCGCCACCCCCAGCAGCUGCAGCGCGUUGAUGAACGGAAGCUGAUCCAGUUCGGGCUGAUGAAGAACCUCAUCCGCCGACUACAGAAGUACCCCGUGCGGGUGUCUCGGGAGGAGCGGAGCCACCCUGCCCGGCUUUACACAGGCUGCCACAGCUAUGAUGAGAUCUGCUGCAAGACAGGCAUGAGCUACCAUGAACUUGAUGAACGGCUGGAAAAUGACCCCAACAUCAUCAUCUGUUGGAAAUGAGGCUGGUGGGGGUUACAUGCGUCUGUGGCUGCUCUCUCUCCUGCUAAGUGCUCCCCGGUGCAUGAGAGCUAGACCAGUAGACCCGUCCAUAUUGUCUCAAGGGUGACCCUAACUUCUGUAAAUAAAAUUAUCCAUUUCAACCUA